UACCGAUGAAAGCGACGUCGAAGUGCUGCAAAAAAAAUCUGCCUUGUGAAUUUAGUUUAUGAAGGAAAACCAUGGUUAUUAGAUUAAAUAAAUACCAACCUAUGAAUGUAUCUUGCGCGGAGUUUGCUAGCUAUAUUCUACAAUAGUUCGUUUGUAAACUGUUUCACAACGGUGACUGAAUCUCCAGCUAGCUACUUCCAUAAGCUAGCUAGCAGUAGCAAGCUGCUAGCUCUCUAACGUCGCUAGCUAGCUAAUGUUAGCUUUAGCAAGCAAAUUCUAGUGAACGUGUGUUGGGUCACUUACCAGCAACGAUGUUUAUUUAUCUCAGUAAGAAGAUUGCCAUCCCCAACAACAUACGGCUGAAGUGUGUGUCUUGGAACAAAGACCAAGGCUUUAUAGCAUGUGGAGGGGAUGAGGGUCUUCUCAAAGUCCUAAAGUUGGAGACACAGACAGACGAUGCCAAACUCAAAGGACUUGCAGCACCCAGCAAUUUGUCAAUGAAUCAGACACUUGAAGGCCACAGUGGUGCAGUCCAGGUUGUUACGUGGAACGAGCAGUACCAGAAGCUCACCACCAGUGACCAGAAUGGCCUCAUUAUUGUGUGGAUGCUCUACAAAGGCUGCUGGUACGAGGAGAUGAUUAACAACAGGAACAAGUCCGUGGUGAGGAGCAUGAGUUGGAAUGCAGACGGCCAGAAGAUUUGUAUUGUUUACGAGGACGGGGCAGUCAUUGUUGGAUCUGUAGAUGGUAACCGAAUCUGGGGGAAAGAGCUCAAGGGAAUUCAGCUCGCUCACGUGGCCUGGUCGCCAGAUAGCAAGAUCCUCCUUUUUGGGAUGGCCAAUGGGGAAAUCCACAUCUACGACAAUCAGGGAAACUUCAUUAUGAAGAUGACGGUCAGCUGUCUGCAUAACGUGACUGGAGCCAUCAGUAUCGCAGGGAUCCACUGGUACGCAGGGUCAGAGGGCUACGUGGAGCAAGACUGCCCCUGCCUGGCCAUCUGCUUUGAUAACGGACGGUGUCAGGUCAUGCGCUACGAGAACGAUGAAAGCCCAGUGUUCAUAGACACACUGAUGAACGUGGCCAGUAUCCAGUGGAACCAGUGUGGCAGCGUGCUGGCUGUGGCAGGCUCCCUGAGGGCCAUGGCUAUGGAGAAGGAGGUCAAUGUGGUGCAGUUCUACACACCAUUCGGAGAGCAUUUGCGAACUUUGAAGGUGCCUGGCAAGCAGAUGACAGAGGUUGCUUGGGAAGGGGGAGGACUGAGGAUCGGACUGGCUGUGGACUCCUACAUUUACUUUGCCAACAUAAGGCCUGAUUACAAGUGGGGCUACUGCUCCAACACAGUGGUGUAUGCCUACACGAAGCCUGACCGGCUGGAGUACUGUGUGGUGUUCUGGGACACCAAGAACAACGAGAAGUUUGUCAAGUACGUCAAGAGCCUCAUGUCCAUCACCACGUCGGGAGACUUCUGCAUCCUUGCCACCAAGGCAGAUGACACACACCCACAGGAGGAUGCUGACGUAGAGUCGGGAAAUAAUGCAAUGUAUGUGCUGGUUCUCUGUAACUCCAUUGGAACCCCACUGGAUUCUAAAUACAUUGACAUUGAUCCGCUGUUCGUCACCAUGACUAAGACCCAUGUGAUCGCUGCGUCCAAGGAGGCCUUCUACAUCUGGCAGUACCGCGUGGCCAAGAAGCUAACUGCCAUGGAGAUCAACCAGGUGUCCAGGACCAGGAAGGAGGGUAGGGAGAGGGUCUAUCAUAUUGAUGAUAGUCCAUCUGGGACCACUGAGGGCCCCCUGGACUUUGCCAAGGCCUUCACUGCAACACGAGACCCCAUUUGUUGCAUCACAGCAACAGACAAGACACUGAUUGUGGGCCGUGAGUCUGGUACCAUCCACAAAUACAGCCUGCCUAACGUUGCUCUGGUGCAGAAAUACUCCUUAAACUACCGGGCCUACCAGCUCUCACUCAACUGUACCUCCAGCCGCCUGGCGAUAAUUGACAUUUCGGGAGUGCUGACGUUUUUGGACCUGGCGGUGCGUUCGUCUUCGGGUGAUGGCUCUGGGAGCCAGGCGGGGACAGGCGACCCCUCCAAGUUUGAGCGCAAGGACGUCUGGGACAUGCAGUGGGCCAAUGACAACCCCGAUCUGUUUGCCAUGAUGGAAAAGACCAGGAUGUACGUGUUCAGGAACCUGGACCCAGAGGAACCCAUUCAAACGUCUGGAUACAUCUGCAACUUUGAAGACCUGGAAAUCAAAUCGGUCCUGCUGGAUGAAAUCAUGAAGGAUCCGGAGAGGCCGAAUAAGGAUUACCUCAUCAACUUUGAGAUCCGCUCCCUCCGCGACAGCCGCUUGCUGAUCGAGAAAGUGGGCAUCGAGGACGCCUCCCAGUUCAUCGAAGACAACCCCCACCCCAGACUCUGGCGCCUGUUGGCCGAGGCGGCCCUCCAGAAGCUGGACCUGAAGACGGCUGAGCAGGCCUUCGUCCGCUGUAAGGACUACCAGGGCAUCGAGUUCGUCAAGAGCCUGGGCAACCUGCAGAGCGAAGCCAUGAAACAGGCCGAGGUGGCGGCCUACUUCAGCAGGUUCGAGGAGGCCGAGAGGAUGUACCUGGACAUGGACCGCAGGGACCUGGCCAUUAGCCUGAGGAUUAAGCUGGGGGACUGGUUCCGCGUCCUGCAGCUUCUGAAGACUGGAUCGGGUGACUGUGACGAUGCAGUGCUGGAGCAGGCGUACAAUGCCAUCGGGGACUACUUUGCAGACAGACAGAAGUGGGUGAAUGCAGUUCAAUACUACCUUCAGGGGCGCAACCAGGAGAGGCUGGCAGAGUGUUACUAUAUGCUGGAGGAUUACGACGGACUGGAACGACUGGCUAGUUCCCUACCGGAGAACCACAAACUGCUACCGGACAUCGGCCAGAUGUUUGUCACCGUAGGCAUGUGUGAGCAGACCGUGAACGCCUACCUGAAGUGCAACCAGCCCAAGGCUGCGGUCGACGCCUGCGUUCAUCUAAACCAGUGGAAUAAAGCUGUGGAGCUGGCCAAAAACCACAACAUGAAAGAGAUCAAAUCUCUUCUGGCCAAGUAUGCGUCUCACCUGCUGGAGAAGAACAAGCCUCUGGAGGCGGUGGAGUUGUACCGUAAAGCCCACCAUUUCCUAGACGCAGCUAAACUCAUGUUUAAGAUAGCGGAUGAGGAGGCUAAGAAGGGGACCCGGCCAUUGAGGGUAAAGAAGCUGUAUGUGCUGGCAGCCCUGCUAGUGGAGAACUACCACAGCCAAGUGAAGACCUCCCAGCAGAACAAGGCCAAAGGGAAGACGUCAGAGGCUACAUCUGCUCUAGCUGGGCUGCUGGAGGAGGACGCCACGUCCUCAGACAACCGAAUGGUGGACAGCGCCUGGCGCGGGGCCGAGGCCUACCACUUCUUCCUGCUGGCUCAGAGGCAGCUGUACGAAGGCUACAUGGUGAAAGCCAUGAAGACAGCUCUCCACCUACGGGACUACGAGGACAUCAUCCCGGCAGUGGAGAUCUACUCCCUGCUGGCCAUCUGCUCGUCAGCCAACCGGGCUUUCAGCACGUGUUCCAGAGCCUUCAUCAAGCUGGAGUCCCUGGAGAGCUUGAGCCCUGAGCAGAGACAGCUCUAUGAAGACCUGGCCCUGGAGAUCUUCACCAAACACAGCACCAAGAACAGCCCCAUGUCGGGACUGGACAGCACUCCUGAGGGGCCUGAGGGGAAGCUGCCCACCUGCAUCGUGACCGGCUGGACCAUCUCAGAGUACCAGUUCUGGAUGUGCAGCGUGUGUAAGCACUGUGCAUUGGAGAACGAGAUUGGUAGCCACAACUUCUGCCCUCUGUGCCACAGCUCGCUGGCAUAAAGUCCAAGAUCUUUAAAUCAAUCAGUACUGCAAACUUUGAGUUUCCAGGGAUAACCCCCAAGAGCAGGGCAGCUACGGUGCAUUGGCUCAUACUACACUAAAUACAGUGCCUUCAGAAAGUAUUUAUACCCCUUGACUUAUUCCACAUUUUGUUGUUACAGCCUGA